AUGGAGCUAGCCGAGUGUGAUAGAGAUCAGCAAGAGCCUUUCCGCCCGGCGCUGGAUCCCGCGACUGUAGAACUUGUUUCUAACAGUUGCACUCGUCUGCUCAAAAAGGCGCGCGAAGGAGUCGGCGAGGUCAACUUGGCGAACUUGUACUUUAUCAUCUACGACGUGAAUACCGACUCACUAAAUGUUCCCUUGAUUGAUCCGAACGAUGUCGAGCGAAAAUCUCCAGAAGGCGAGCUUAGCCAAUGGCACCUAGAAAAUCUUAUUCAUGGAGAGCUCAAAAGCAAGAUUAGCCUAAUUCUCCCACAGAAUGACGACGGAGAAUAUCAAUUUACUCAAAACUUGUUUCAUGUUUUGCUUAAUCCUCAAGAACAUCUGACCAGUCUCUGUGAACGGGCAAAGGACAUCAUGAUUGACGCGUUUGGAUUCGAAGAAGUGGAGAUGAACAACUUCAAGGAUGAUGUUAGACGACAAUAUCAGGUCUCUAAAAUCCGACGAUCAUUUAUGGGAGCUUCUUUUGCUCAAGCUCCAGCAGGAAUGGCCACUAUUCUGGAAGAAGACGAUGAUAUUUCACAAUUCGCAAAAGUGGCAUCAUCGAUAAAACAAACAAUCGACUGUGCAAAGAGUUUCAAAACAAACCAGAGUCGCAAGGUGAACGAAUGGAACACGCGAGACGAAGAGCACCAGAAGAAGUUGAAGCUCUUUCUGGAGGAGGCGGCGGUGAGCGCAUUCGUGCUCCGUGACAAUGCCAAGUUCUUUGGCAAAACAGGCUUUCAAAAUGCUCAAAAAUUCUGUGUUCACUAUUCCGAUAUUUACGAGGAGCUCGCUAUCGAGCUCCUACAGUGCCGACCGUCGCGAGCCUUUGAGAUCAUUUCGAAGUCGCAUCUUGAUCCGAGCUACAAAAAGGGAGUGCCCGCAAAUCGACAUGGAUCAAUUGUACCAGGCAUGCCUAGUGAAAACAGAGCUUCACUCCUUCCCAAUGAUCUGAUCGCUAUAACGAAGACUUACCAGAUUACAAUUUUGGAAAUCGCCAAGAUCGGCAAACUAAGUCGAUUCGUAUGGGACGAGGUCAUCCAACGCCAGCUCGGCUUUAUUUUCAGAGGUGGGCUGAAAAGAAGCGCAAGGUUUAGGGAUCAACUUCGCUUCUGGCUUGGUAUUGUCAGUGCUGGAACCAUUCCUGCUCUUUUCGGAGACUCUUUAUACAGCGGAUAUUUCAAAAUGGACUCUUUGAAAUUCUAUAACCAGAAAAUGUGGGGCGAUAUGUUUGGCCCUGGCUACUUUGAGUUUGAUCCUUCAGUGAGUUUCCAUCGUACAGACCUCAAAUGCUUCGACUUUGCGGAGCGCGAUAAUUUUAUGACGCGCACCUUUUUCGAGCGUAUCCAGUUCCGCUUCUACACCUGGCACUUCUCAAACCGCGUCAUGGUUACCUACAACUGCCUUUCCGACGUCAUUUUCGUCCUAAUUCUCGCUCUCUAUGCUUCCACUGCCGCAUCCUCAUACAGAUGGACGUUUUUCGACUCCGCGAUUUUUUUCCUGUUUCUUCUUGUUACUCUCUCAAAGCUGCGGCCAACGUUGUCUAGGAAAAUUAACGCCACAAAAAUGUAUCUAAAACGAACCUCGAAAUCAUAUUUUACAAUAUUCUAUGGCAUCUCUUACGUCAUUUACCUGGCAGCAAUACUUUGCCGUAAAAUAUUUACUGAAUGGACUCCCGACGAAGUUUUCACAGAGUCAUUUCUCGAAGGAGAACCUCUUUCGACUUCAGAAGAAAUCUAUUUUCCAAACAACUCAUAUCAAAAACUAUAUCAAGACUUUUAUGGAUCAAACCACAGUCUCAAAAGUCAUGAAAAUCCCUUGGCUUUCUUCUCCGAUGGAUUCAGACAAUUUUUCACUGUUCCUUCCUCUUCUUGUGACAAGGAAGUUUGCUACGAAGAAAAUCUGCGAUGGGUUGCUUUUCUUAGCUACUUUCUCAUCAACCUUACAAUGUUUUUUCAAACGUUGACUUUGAUGCGAUACUUUUUGUACUCAAAGCAUUUGGGUCCGAUGGUGAUGGCUCUUUACAAAACGAUAGUCAGCGUUGGACACUUUUUCAUCGUUGUCCUUGUUUUCCUGCUGCCGAUUGGAGUUGUUCUCGAAAAUCUGAUCUUACCGAACAAUGGACAGAGCUUCGGAAAUCUGGGCUUGCUGAAGUACGUGUUAAAAGCUGCAUUCAAGCCAUAUUUCAUGCUUUAUGGCGAGGCCUUUUUAUCCGAAGUUACAAUAGACAAAUACGAGAAUCCCGACGAUUGCCGCGGAGUCCUCGAGGACACUAGCGACCUACCUCGCUGUCCAGAAACAACAGUUUUGUCGACAAUGGUGACCGCCUUUUUCAUGCUCUGCUCGAAUCUUAUACUUCUCAAUAUCCUGAUCGCUGUUUUUACUGAAAAGUAUCAGGAUGUCCAGCACAAUAUCAAUACAGUGUGGACUAAUGGCCGGCUGGAUGUUGUUCUCGAAGACUAUCAUUAUCUACCAGGAGGACCGUUUCUCGGCGGCCUCUUCCAACUUUUGCUGAUCAGUUGGUUCCUACUUUGCGCAACGAUUCGACUUCCGAAGUAUUUGUACUUGAAAUAUUGCGUUAAAACUGAAGCAAACCUACUUUUCUUCCACAAGUCUUUGAUUGCUCGCGUGUUGCCUCGUCGCCCAGUUGAAUUCAAGAAGCGAAAGAAACUCAAUCUCUCUGGUUCAAAUAGAUUCAAAUAA